UUUUUUGUUCCGAAAAAAGAAAUCAUAUGAUUAUUACGCGCAUUUGUUUUCUCCCCUGCGUGCAAUUACAAAUUUUGGCUGAUUUCUUGCGAUCCCUAAUAUUCAGAGUAGAGCGGAUUUUGCAGUUCACACACACAGUGAGAGAGAAAGGCGAAGGAUUAAGAAUGGGUGGAGUUGUUAAGGAGUUCAAAUCAAAGGAAGAGCUUAACAAGGUUAUCGCCGAUGGGUCGCCGGCGGUUGUGCACUUCUGGGCCACAUGGUGUGAGGCUUCCAAGCACAUGGACCAAGUCUUCUCCCACCUCUCCACUGAUUUCCCCCAUACUCACUUCCUCAGGGUUGAAGCUGAAGAGCAGCCGGAAAUUUCAGAUGCAUAUUCAGUCUCAGCAGUUCCUUAUUUUGUUUUCUUCAAGGAUGGCAAAACCGUAGAUACAAUGGAAGGCGCUGAUCCAUCUGCUCUGGCCAACAAGGUUUCCAAACUUUCCGGGAAAAUAACACCUGGAGAACCUGCUGCUCCAGCUAGCCUAGGAAUGGCUGCUGGGGCAACUAUUAUAGAGACAGUGCAAAACCUUGCCAAAGACAAUGCCACUUCUUCACAAGUUGAAAGCCGAUCACCUGAACCAUCUGGCCUGAGUGCCACACUAAAAACCCGUCUUGAAGGCCUGGUUAAUUCUGGCCCAGUUAUGCUUUUUAUGAAGGGGAAGCCCGAGGAGCCCAAAUGUGGGUUCAGUCGCAAAGUAGUGGACAUCCUUAAGCAUGAGAAAAUUGAUUUCAAGAGUUUUGACAUCCUCACAGAUGAUGAAGUUCGCCAAGGACUGAAAGUCUACUCCAACUGGUCAAGCUAUCCUCAACUUUACCUAAAGGGCGAGCUCAUUGGUGGGUCUGAUAUUGUAUUAGAGAUGCAAAAGAGUGGGGAGCUCAAAAAGGUUUUGCUCGAGAAGGGUAUUAUCGGGAUAGAUGAACGGUUGAAGGAAUUGGUGAGCUCUUCUACUGUGAUGCUUUUCAUGAAAGGUUCACCGGAUGCUCCGAGAUGCGGCUUUAGCUCGAAGGUGGUAAAGGCUUUGAAUGAGGAGGGGGUUGAGUUUGGGUCAUUUGAUAUAUUGACUGACGAGGAAGUGAGGGAGGGAUUGAAGACAUUCUCCAACUGGCCGACUUAUCCACAGCUCUACUACAACGGAGAGCUGAUUGGUGGAUGUGACAUAAUUUUGGAGUUGAAGAACAAUGGUGAGCUCAAGUCUAUUCUAUCUGAAUAAGUAAUAAUCAUAUACAUAUAUAAAGAGAAAGAUUUCUGCCUGGCUUGCUUUUCUAAAUAGUACUUGAACAAUAUCCGAGAUGUAAGGCAUGUUGUGGACUAUCAGAGAUUUCUGCACCUAGGGUUCUCCAUUUUUUGUUAUGUUUUCGGUCCAAGUACUCUGUUUAAUUUGAUCAAAAUUUUAUAACUUCUUCGUGUCCCUGUGCGGGCUAUUGCAAAUUGUGAUGACUUGUUAAAAUCAGUCUGAUUUCUAUGAUCGUUAAACCUUUAGGCUUUAGCUAUAUGUUGCAGCUUCCUCCGUCUUAUGCAACUCAUUAGUUAUUUAGUUCUAUUUACAUUUUAAUUAUUUAUUGUUUUGAUUAGCACAAAGAGUUAUUUAGUUAUUUAGUUCUAUUUACACAAAUAGUACUUUUGAU